AUGCAAUAGUUAAGACAUUCAAUUGAAUGUACUCAAAUUGAUCAUGAUCAUCAAUAAGUGUAGUAUGUUUGUAUAGACCCAAGUUGUACAUAAAUAGAGAAAGGAAUGUGUGAAGUUUGUAGAUAUGGAAAUCAUUUAUAACAUUCUUGUAUAGAAGUUAAACAAUUAGAUGAAUUGGUAAUAAAAGCAUAUGAACAAGAAAAAGAAUAGAAUAACAAAAUUUACAAAACUAGUUGUUAACGGAUUAAAUUAUCAAUUUAAUUGCUCUAAUAAAAGCUGUUAUAAAUAAUGCAAGAACUUAAAGAUAUUUGUAAGAUGCAAAGGGAAGAAUCAUUAUUAGAGCUUUUAGUUGAAACAUAUGUAAAGAAUGAAAAACUAAAUUUAGAAGAAUAUAAUGCAGUUAGAGAUUUGGUGAUUGGUAAUUUAGAUUGUUUUUUUGGUUAAUAUUUUUGGAAAAAAGAGAUAUACACAAAUAAUUUUAAGUCCAUUUAAUAAUAUUCAGACAACUUGUUGAAAUAAACAAUAUUAUUCACUGAAGAUAUAAGUCUAUUUUAAUAAUAUGGCAUUUAAUUAUGUAAUGUUUAGAUUUAAGAAUUUAAAGAAUAUUUUAAAUAACAAAAUAGUAAAUAUUAGGACAUCUUGAAUUAUAAUGAAAUAUUAAAGAAAGAAUAAUUUAAUAAAAUAGAACCUAUAGAAUAAUUCUAUAAAAAAUAGUUAUAAAAAAUAUCAUCUGUUGAUUUCUCAAAUAAAUUAGAUUUAUUAGCAAUAGGAGGUAGUGAUAAAUAUGUUCUAAUAAUUGAUUUUAAAUCAGCCAAUUGUUAACAAGAAUUAUUGAUAUCUACUUAAUAAGUAUAUAGUGUUAGAUUCUCUCCAGAUGAUAAAUAUUUAAUAGCUGGAGGAUCAAAACCCUUUGAAAUUUAUUGUUGGAUUCCUAAUAAUUGGAGUUUACCUCCAAUCAUAUUAAGAGGUCAUACUAAUUACGUUUAUAGACUAAUAUUCAGUGAGGAUUCUAGAUUUCUAUUAUCAAGUAGUGCAGACAAAACAGCAAUUUUAUGGAAUAUUGAUAAGAAAUUAUAAUAACAAAUAUACAAAGGACAUACUUCAAAUGUCUAUGGUUGUGCAAUAUCUAUUAAAUCUAAUAGAAUUGCAACUAUAGGUGGAGAUGAAUUUAUUAUUGUUUAUGAUUAAUUAUCAGCAAAUAUACUUCAUUAAUGGAAAGGACAUUAAUGUGAAUAUGGUGGAUCAUCAAUUAAUUAUUUGUAGAAUGGUUAAUUGAUGAUAUCAAGUGGUUAUGAUGGAUUAAUAAAAUUGUGGAAUAGCAAUAAUUAUGAAUUAAUUAGAGAAUUUAUAGGUCAUAGUAAGAAUUGGGUAUGGAGCAUUUCUAUUUCUUAGAAUUAAGAAUUAUUUGGAUCCAUUUGUAAUGAUUAUACAAUUAAGAUUUGGGAUAUCAAAUAAAACAAACCUCUAUUAACAUUAUAAAAUGAAAAUAAUGGUGCUCCUGGCUCUGAAAUAAUAUUAAAGUAAAAUUAAUUUGUUAUUGCUACUUCUACUUAAUCUAUUAAAAUUUGGAAACUCUCUUAAUGA